ACUCCUGUAAGACAAUAGUGUUUAAGGAGAUAUUAUUCACACAGAAAAAAAUUUAAAUCUAUUUUAGGACGCUUAUUACAAUGUAUUUUUAUAAAUAGUAAAAUUAACAUGUUUCUAUGUUACAGGGAUUUUGAAAGUGUUGCUUGUUUCAGCGUCGCAAGAGCCAAGCACAGGUUCUGAGUGCUUGGACAAAAGUGACGGUGGAUCUUGUGUCAAAGAUGGUCAGUCAGAAGUUCUAAAACGGCAAAAACGUGAUACAUCGGAAAGAUACGCGACGGUAGUGCAAUUCCAUAUGCGUGUUUCCAAGAGCGUUGUUAAACUGCUCCAAAAAGAACAAAUACUUGAAAAAAUGGUGGAAUUUUUACACGACGACGUUGCGCUUAACCCAAAAGAUAUGUUCAACCUAACAAUGGAAUUUGAUGAAGUUGCUAAAGAUGAGCCAGGAUAUCUUAUUUCAUUUGUACUACAACCUAAAACUGAAAAUACAAACGAUAUUGUUACGAAGAUAAAAUCUUUAGUCGACAUUGAUUACGAGAUGAUGCUGUUUGGACUACCUUUUAAUAUGCAUCUGGGAACUUUUAAAAACGGCACGACUCUGUGGAACUGGAUAAAAACUGUUAUCAGCUUUGAACUGAUGAUGGAGUAUGGAUCGCUGGAACAAAAAGGCAUAUUAGAAGGCAAAAACAUGAUUGCCACAUUCUUACAUGACCGGUUCCAGAUUUCUCUUCGAGAUAUAUAUGACAUGACUUUAAUGGAUACAAAAGAGGGAAAUACUGCUAUCGAGUUUUCGGUACCACCAGUGAUGACAAUAGAUAAACAGGUAUUGUUGGCGAAUAUGGAGUUGUUCGUUGUAGGUCCGUGUAAGGAUACGUGCAAACUGCCCGUCGGUACGAACACAAAAGAUGAAUGUAAAUCCUGCGGAUUCGUUAUCCUAUUUGGGACAAAUGUAUACCCGAACCAACAGUCCUUCCAGUCAAGACAAGAAACAUGGACAGGAAACGAAAACAGAUUUGAAAUGGCGAAGAUUGAACGGCAGUUGUGCCCGGAUCACCAGGAAUUUUGCUCUAACGGGCAAAGUGAAUCUAAGUGCGUUGGAAUUGGAAGAUGUGUAUCAAACUUUUACAAGACCAUUUCCGGGUCCAUUGAAGUUCAUGGAAGCAUUAGGCUUUUAGAUCUUUACGGUAUAGACUUUGCGAUUAACGCAGUAGAGGAAAGUAUGGCUACGUUACACGGAUUUUGUAGGAGUGCUGUACGUGCCUCAUUGUUUGGUCAUGGUAGAGCCAAAUUUGGAAUAGCUUUAUCGAUAUAUCCUUCUCCUGGGAGGGAUGAGGCUUUUGGGAAGUUUCUUCACAUGAUAGAGAGCAAUGACGAAAUAGAGGUUUCAGGUCUUACUGUGUCCAAAGUUGAAGGUUCACUCUCCGUAAAAUAUCUGGAUCCACACAAACCAAUCCCUAGAUUUGUUGAUAACGACUGCUUUGGGUGUUCCAGCUCAGAGACAUGGUGCAUAUUGCCGAACAUAUCUUUGUGUCUUCCGAAAAUUCAGUGUCUAGGAGAACAUGCAUUGGUUCAGAAAUUCGCGCCCGAUACAGAAAUAGUUCGUGUCAGUAUUUUGAUGUCCAGCGAAGCAGAAUUUGUCGAUAUUACGGAUGAGUUUAAAGAUGUGAUGAGACAACAAAUAGCAGAUCAGCUGUAUUGCUCACAGGAUAUGUUGAAAAAAGUUAAUAUGGUUACAUCAGAAGACGGCAAAUUUGAGUUAGGAUUUGAUAUUGUCCUCAGAGAGAACAACGCGGAACUCAGAGAAAUAGUUAUUUUCCUUCAAAACAUCGUUGACAGUGAGGAAUUUUACAUUGAAACUACAGAAGUAUCAUUGAAAGCUGAAUCAGACAGUCUGAUAUAUCAGCAGUUUAUCUCUGGCUAUCCGAAAGAAAAGGCAGACGAACCCGUUUCCCCGCAUUUAUGGAAUGCAGUAACAGGCGGAAGCUUUGUCGCUUUACUGAUUCUGAUCAUUAUCCUCUUGGUUCAAGCUAGAAGAAUGUCAGGCAAUACACAUGUACUUCAAACACCAGGCAGCAGUGCAGAGCUAGAGAAGAAAGACCAAAAAGCUCCAAACAGACGACCAGAGAUUCGUACCUUUUUGAGAAGAAAAUAGUCUGAGAUUAUAUACGCUAUUGAGUUUUUAUUACCACACCAUUUGAUUCAGAUGAAUAUCUGCUUUAGACUUUCCAGUUACGUUUAUAUGUAGUUUCUGAAAACUGAGACGUAUACUGUGAUACAGUCAAAGCUGUAUACAUAGUAGAUGACAAAACUGUGUCUUUGUGCUUUGUCAACCUUCAGUGUUGUUAUAUUUUCUGGUCCUCUGGGAUCAUGGAGUCCAUUUAACAGAUGUGUAAUAGAGUUCCGCUUAAGCCGGUGCUAGGGGGCAUGAGACGUGUUGCAUAUUUCAUUAUCUCUCAUGAACAGACUCAGUCAAACCGAGUGUGCUAUUAUUCUUCUUGUUUGCAUUCUUUGCUUCCAAAGGAUCUUCUUACAGAUUUUAUUAUUUAUAAAGCGUCUUACAAAAAUCUUAUUCGUUUUUGUUUU